CUGCCUGUACUAGCAAUUCGUCGCACAUUUAUGACGACAGCAGUCUGACCGUAGGAUGUAGUGUAGUAGCAAUGGCUUCGGAAGAUGAAGUUAGCCUUCUAGUUGUGGUUGUGGACGUUAACCCCAUAUGGUGGGGUCAGCAAGCUCAGCGGGAGCCCGAGUUUACCUUGUCAAAGUGUUUAGAUUCUGUCAUGGUGAUGGGGAAUUCACACCUGGUGAUGAACAGGACCAACAAAUUAGCCAUUAUUGCCAGCCACUGCCAAGAGAGCCAUUUUCUGUACCCCAGCAAGCACUGGAAGGCUGGGGAUGCAGCUGGAGAUGAUGCAGUGUCUUCCAGCAGGGAUGGCAAGUAUGAGGUCCUGGCUGUCACCAAUGAUCAAAUUUCUGAAGAAGUCAGGAACCUAAUGGCCAGGACUGAAGUAAAGGGCCACCAGACUGACACUCUAUUGGCUGGAUCCCUUGCCAAAGCACUUUGCUAUAUCCAUCGAGUCUCAAAGGAGUUGGAAGCUGGGCAAGAAAUGAAAUCAAGAAUAUUGUUCUUUGAACAGGUUAUUAAGGCUGCUGAAGACUGUGCCUUGCAGUACAUGAAUUUUAUGAACGUGAUCUUUGCUGCUCAGAAGAACAGCAUUGUAAUUGACGCCUGUGUUUUGGCCACUGACUCGGGUCUUCUGCAGCAAGCCUGUGACAUUACAGGGGGCUUGUACCUGAAGAUUCCCCAGAAAUCUGCUCUAGCUCAGUAUUUGCUGUGGGUGUUCCUGCCAGAUGCCAACCAGCGUUCCCAGUUGGUCCUGCCACCUCCAGUUCAUGUGGACUACAGGGCUGCCUGUUUCUGUCACCGCAACCUCAUAGAGAUAGGCUAUGUUUGCUCCGUGUGUUUGUCGAUAUUCUGCAAUUUCAGCCCGAUCUGCACAACAUGCGAGACUGCCUUCAAAAUUCCACUGCCUCAGAUGGUGAAGCCAAAAAAGAAAAAGCUCAAGCCAGCAACAUGACCCAGUUGAUUAAUUUUCCAAAAACCACAUGCACAUUGGACAAUGUGAAAAAUGUUUUUGACGACUCCUGUCACAUAGCUUCACAAGUUGUACCGUAGUGCCAUUUCUUAAUGUUCCACAUUUUUAAUAUGUGGAAUACUUUAUUGCACUCAUUGCGUAAGGAAGGACCAAUGCUCUUUAUAUGUUGUACAUGAAUUGAUCUUAAUAAAACACUUCACAUUUUUGAAAAUGAGUGUUUAUUAUUAUUGCUGUAGCAAAUAUAAGAUUAAGUAUAUGGAAAAAAUAGUUUUCUGACAUACAGAGAGUAAAAAAUUGCCAGAGAGAUGAGUUGUUUCAAUGGUUAAAUGCUAAACCUAAUAUUAACCUUUUGAAAUUUAAUCUUGAGCAAUAUGUUAAGACUUCAAGGCAUAUAAAGAAUAAGAAAGCAAGAGGCACGGUUUUGUUCUUUGAAUUGUAUAACUUGUGUGGAAUAUGCUUGUAAACCCUGACAAAAAAUGUGGAGUUGUAUAUGUGUUUGAUAAAAAAAUUUUCUGUUAUUGUUAUAAUUGUGUAUGUUUGUUUUGGUGGGGGGUGCAGUGGG